GUUUGGGAGAGUGUGGAGCGCGCGCGUGUUGGGAAAGUGGGUGUCGCUGUGCACGCUGCUGGAGGAGCUUCACAGCGAUGUGUCGAGGACUUUAAACACACUGUGUCAUAGAGUGGUGCAAGGAGGGAGAUCGCGCCGUACUGGAUCGCGUCCCGCAACAUGAGUCCGAGCGUCUCCAUUCUGACCCAAUGCGUCUGAAGAGCCACUCUCCGCGCGCGAUGCUCUGACUGCCGUGUGUUUAUAUGGAGACACCCUAAAAAACAGUCAACCGGGAAAUGGUAACACAUGAACCUCCUCACUGGAAGGAACAUGGUUGAGAGGAGCAGUAAAUUUCUGUUCAUCGUUGUCGGCUCGGUUCUGUUCAUGCUGAUUCUGUAUCAGUACGUGGCUCCGGGGAUGAUGAACUUCGGCUCUCCGCACGGGUACAUGCUGGAGGACGAUGCGGAUCUCUUCCCGACUCCUGAUCCACAUUACGUGAAGAAAUACUAUUUCCCCAUCAGGGAUCUGCAGCGGACUGUGGAUUUUGAAAUCAAAGGGGAUGAUGUGAUCGUGUUCCUGCACAUCCAGAAGACCGGCGGCACCACGUUCGGGAGACACCUGGUCCAGAAUGUCCGGCUGGAGGUUCCGUGCGACUGCAGACCGGGACAGAAGAAGUGUACCUGUUACCGACCCAACAGGAAAGAGACCUGGCUCUUCUCUCGGUUCUCCACCGGCUGGAGUUGUGGCUUACACGCGGACUGGACCGAACUGACCAACUGCGUACCGGGGGUUCUGAACAAAAAGGAGAGCAGGAUGAAAAACCAAAGGAAGUUCUACUACAUCACCCUGUUACGGGACCCCGUGUCCCGCUACCUGAGCGAAUGGAGACACGUCCAGCGCGGAGCCACGUGGAAAACCUCCCUGCACAUGUGCGACGGGCGAACGCCCACACCGGAGGAGCUGCCCCCCUGCUACGAGGGCACCGACUGGUCGGGCUGCACGUUACAGCAGUUCAUGGACUGUCCGUACAACCUGGCGAAUAACCGUCAGGUGCGCAUGCUAGCCGACCUCAGCCUGGUGGGCUGCUACAACAUGUCCUUCAUCCCGGAGAAGAAGCGUGCGCAGGUGCUGCUCGAGUCGGCCAAGAAGAACCUGCGAGACAUGGCCUUCUUCGGCUUGACGGAGUUCCAGCGCAAAACGCAGUACUUGUUCGAACGGACCUUCCGCCUCAAGUUCAUCCGUCCCUUCAUGCAGUACAACAGCACGCGGGCCGCUGGCGUGGAUCUGGACAACGACACGGUGCAGCGGAUCGAGGAGCUGAACGACCUGGACAUGCAGUUGUAUGACUACGCCAGGGAUCUUUUUCAGCAGCGCUACAUGUACAAGCGACAACUGGAGCGAAGAGAGCAGCGCCUAAAGAACCAGCCCGCCCUCUUCCCCUUUCGUCGGACGCCCAGCUCCGAUCCUAAUUUCAGGGAUGACGGGCCGGAGUCCGAGGCGUCCCGAUUGCCCACGGAGGACUACAUGAAUCACAUCAUCAACCGCUGGUAGCAGUGCUGGGGGGAGGGGGACGGGAAAUACCGGUCGACGAGGAGGAAAAGAAUGCGACCCCCAGGUCCAAUCAAGCGGGAGAGGAAAACGGCUAACGAGAAAGAGACAGAACUUUAGCGCCACCAUCAAACACGGCCCUCCCCCCUUCUGUUGUGCUCCAGGAUAUCCUUCGCUCGUCUCGGAGAGGGAUGACUCCAGGUCAGAACUUGACCGGCUAACUUAAAGCACUGAGCCUGAACUUGAAACCAAGAGGUGAAGACUUCUGUGGGCGCAAAAUCGCCCACAGAAGGAAAGAAAAACAUGCGAAAAAAUUAUCAAAAUUAUAUUCACUGCAGAUUUUAAAAGAAUGAAACUGUAUAGAGGUAUUUGCUUAAAUGUCUGCUGCCAUUUCAGCCAUGAACUUGUGACGAUAACGGUCUGUCUUAGUUUGUUUUUAUUUUUAAAAGGGAUUUUUUCGUCCCUCAAAGAGGUAAAACUCACAGCACUGAGACCAACAGAGCUGCCUAACACUUAUUGGAUGCAAUUUAUUAGCUUUUCAUAAUCAGUGAUGACUUGAAAGGGUCUGUUCUAUUGUCCUUUUUUUUGUGUGUGUGUGUUUAUUUGCACGUCGGCUGCAAAUUUCGACGGACGGACAGACGACACGUGGACCAUAGCCAUUAUUUAAGCUUUCAGCACACUGUACGAGAAAACCCCCGUGAGCUAAGUGUACUAAUAUAAACUUACCGAAUGUGAGAGGUGUUUAUACGUUGUUAUUGGCCGAGACAAAUUCACCCAAUCCAGGCCAUUUCUUGGUAGCCGAGUUGGGAGAUCCAAAGAGGAAACUGUGUCUUAUUUUACACUUAGUAAGGAUGUGUUUCCGAGCGAAGUCCCGCUCAAUGCGUUUGACUCGAUAACGACGCCUGUGUGUCAGUCAAUAACAGGAGUGUCGUAGAGAUUGUGUGCUCGUGAAACGCAAGAGCAGAAGGAAGAAGCAGCAAACGAAGCCUUUAUAAAUGUCACCACCAUUCCCAAUUCCCAGAGACUACUCAUUAUUUACUAGGAUGACUGAGUGUGUUUGAGUUUUUAAGCAUUCUGUUAAGGAUGACUGUUGUAAGUACGCAAGCAUGUUUGGGUGUGACGUUUUUCUUUGCGAAUGUGUGUGUUUCAUGAUGACCAAUCUCUUGCCAUGGUCCUCAGGGACUGAAGCUGUUGCCAGUAAGGGGACAAGAAUGAUGUCACAUGUCUCCCCUGUGUUAACUUUGAGUUGUUUGUUGUUAAAGGAACAGUUCACCCUGAGAAAUGACCAUUCUGUCAUCUAACCCAACACGUAUGACCCAAAAAUGAUUUUCGUUGAGCUCCAAAACUGACAAACAAUCACCAGAAAGACUUGUGCAAGUGUAUUCCAAGUCACUUAAAGGGAUAGUUCACCCAAAAAUAAAAAUUAUCCCAUGAUUUACUCACCCUCAAGCCAUCCUAGAUGUAUAUGACUAUCUUCUCUCAGACGAACACAAUCAGAGUU